AUGGCUGAAUUCACAGCAGAUUUGCAGAGCUUUAGAGUCUCAUUUCCUGUGUCAGAUAUUGAUCCAAACAUGGAGAUAGCAAACCAAUAUGCAGGACUAAACCCAAGUGUGCUGACCACUUCAGACAUGGAUUUCCAGUGCUUAAUGCCUUUCUCCAGUGAUAAUUUCUUUAGCAAUCAUCAAGCACCAGAAUUCACUGGAACCUUGGCUGAAAAUUUUCCCUGGACUCUCCAUCAGUUGAAUCAGAAUGUGGUGCCUGUUGCUCAGCCUAUGAAUGUUUCAGCUGGAAAUGAACUCCAUGACAGUAAGAAGAGAAAAGCAAUGGACAAGCCAGAGAGCAGCUCUGGCACCUCAAGUCCCCAAGUUUCUGAAUCUGGAAUCAAGAGGAAAAACAGUUCAGGAAGAGGGAAGAGAGUGAAAAGCAACGAGAAGGAAGAAGAGAAACCAAAGGAAGUUGUUCAUGUUAGAGCUAGAAGAGGCCAAGCUACUGAUAGUCACAGCUUAGCAGAGAGGGUUAGAAGGGGAAAGAUCAAUGAAAGACUCAGAUGCUUGCAAGACAUUGUCCCUGGAUGCUAUAAGAGCAUGGGAAUGGCAGUGAUGCUGGAUGAGAUAAUUAAUUAUGUCCAGUCCUUACAAAAUCAGGUCGAGUUCCUUUCCAUGAAGCUUACUGCAGCAAGUUCAUUUUAUGACUUCAACUCAGACACAGAUGCUUUAGAAACAAUGCAGAGAGCCAAGGCAUAUGAGGCAAAAGAGUUGGAGAGACUGAUGAAAGAAGGGUAUGGAGGAAUCACUUGCUUCCACUCAACCUGGUCCCUUUGA